AUGGUUUCGAAGGGUCUCAUGGGCUUUUGGGCCCUGCUUGACUUUUUGUUGUUGGCCGCAGGUGGCAUGUCCAUCGCUCUCUCCAUUGUGUGGCGGAAACCAGACAUUCUCAUGAACCUUGCCCUGAAUGACGAAUUCCUGACCGCGGGAAUGGUGUUGGGUAUCGCCUUGUGCAUAACAUUUUUGGUCUCCAUUGGGGCCGUUGUCCAGCGCAACCACGUCACGAUGGGUUUCGUCAUCCUCAACUAUCUGCUCAUCGUCGACGCCAUCAUUGUCGUUGUUGUAGGGACCAUGAUUUGGUUCUUCUCCCUCCGCCAACGCGCGGAGAUGCACCUCCGUUGGAAUGCGUUAUCCAACGAGCAGAGAAUCACACUGCAGGAUGAGUUCAAAUGCUGCGGCUACUUCAAUGCCACUGACACUACCGUCGGAGGCAAUUUCUGUGUCUCCCAGGACUUCGCCAACGGUUUGGCGACCAACAACACCGCAAAUUUCUGUGUCACACCCAUCACCAAAUUCACCGAUUACACAUUGGAGAAUACCUUCACGACUAUAUACGGCUACAUCUCUGUCGUUCUGAGUCUCCUCGUUUGUUCCUUGUGUGUCAUCAAGAAGCGACAAGAAGAAGAGCGCUUCAAGAGGAUCGACGCUAAACGAGGUGGCCGCGGCUUCGUGUGA